AUGGGGAGACUUCAACCUUCAGUCGGCCAGCCGCCGGCCAGUUUUCGUAAGGCCGCCAGAGCCAAGAAGGCCAAGGCCACUCUCAAUCAGCUCAUACCAUCACUUCUGCCCACGCAUCCCCGCGCUCGUCGAGGAAUAGAUGCCGCGGAACUCGUCAUCGAGCCAAAGCCACUCGAGAAAGUGCAAUUGACCUCAAAGUCUGAAGCAACUGAUACAUCCUCAACGGAGGAUUCGCCUCGCCUCAUUCUCAAAGUGGCCGACACUCUCACAGCGGCGCAUUCUCUUGUCGUUGCAGAUUCAGGGCCAGAAGAAGGGCGAGUGGCGAUCCUCAACAUGGCAUCGCCGCUCACACCCGGUGGUGGCUUUGUAAACGGAGCUGGCAGUCAAGAAGAAUCACUCUGCAUGCGAUGCACACUGCUGCCAUCGCUUAAAGACGAAUGGUACCGGCUGCCAGAACUUGGCGCAAUUUACACACCCGACGUCAUGGUUUUCAGAGAUGAGGAUACAGAGGACGUGUUGGAAAAGAAAGACCGGUGGUUCGUAGAUUGCAUUAGCGCCGCCAUGCUUCGGAACCCAGAGACCGAGAGGGACGAGUCGUCAGGUUUCAGCUACUAUGUCAACGAAAAAGAUCGGCAACUCGUAAUGGAAAAGAUGAAGGCGGUGCUGCGAAUAUGCCAACUUAAGGGAAUUACAAAGAUCGUCCUCGGAGCCUGGGGCUGUGGUGCGUAUGGGAAUCCCGUCAACGAGGUCGCCGCAACCUGGAGGAAGGUCCUCCUACCUAGAAAUGACAACAAAGCAAGGAAGAAGGGAAACAGAGAAACCUGGAACGGCAUCAAGGAAGUUGUUUUCGCCAUCAAGGACUCUGGCAUGGCUGACGCGUUUGAGUCUGCUUUUGGCAAAGGUCUUGAGAGGGAGGAACCAGACGAGUCCGAGGAUGAGGCUGGGAGUGAGAUUGACCCAGACGAAAGGAACAGGAUGGAGCUUCAAACUAGGAUACGCGAGUUGGAAGAGCGUAUUGAGAAAACAACUAGCCCGCAGCUGAAAGAUGGACUUAAAGGUAUACUCGCAGGGUUGGUCAGUCAACUCCCACCUGACGAUGAGGAGAACAUCACAGAUGAUGAGGAGUAG